CGGAGGAGGGAGAAGCGCAUCGUCUCGGAUUUGGUCCACUCUCAGAGGAAGAAGCCUAGCCAUAGCCACUGCGAGCGUCAGAACCGGGAUGAACAUUGAGGUGGGGAACGUGUCUUACACGGGAGCCAUCGUCUCCUGGUCGACCUCGGAGCCCUGCUUGGAGGACUAUUACCAUAUUAUGUACAGGCCUAACUGGAACAGUAUCUUCUCCAGCUAUCUGCGCUACAGCUUCCAUCACGAGGAGAAGGUACCUCGAACCAUCACCUCCGUGGCACUGGAACACCUCGCCCCUUCCACGCUCUACUUUCUCUGUAUCAGCUGCAAGAAGGCUGCCUUCCCAUACAGUCACUACUGUACCAUGUUCCACACCCUGGAUAAGAGUCCGCUGGCUGCGGGGGGCUCCCUGGUGGACCCCCAACUUUCCCUUUGGGUACUGAUGGCCAUCCUGCUGGCCUGCUUCACUGCUGUGCUGGCCUUCAUCUGCCUCCAGUUCUGGUGCAUCCGCUGUCAUGAGCCUCGAUGGUCUUACAGAGCUGGCCACAUGGAGGAAGCCAAUGGGUUGGUAAGAUGGCCGGAGGAGGCCCCAGCCCUGGGCCAGAGGGAAGAAGACCUGCAAGGGCUCCCCCUGGUGGAACUGCCACGCAAGAACUCUGGGAUGAGAGCAGAAGCGGAACCGGAAGCAGAAGCCAACCAGGAUGUGUUGGGUGUGGUGGUCUUAGCUAGGGAGGGCGGCAACCAACCAGCCAUACUGCCUCACUAUAGAGAGUGAGCAAUGGGGAGGAACUGGCCCAUUUCACACAGCCUAAAAUGCUCUGUACACUGCAUCCUAUGUGAAAAUUUGUCUAUAGGUCACCCACUGCUCCCCUCUCAGAUUUCAGUGCUGUAUAGAUGAGUGGGGUUGAUUGGAUGCCAAAUGACAACGGUCCCCAGGCUGGAAAACACAGACCACCACCCAGGUAUGCCAGUGGCAAACAAGGCGUUGCUUUAGUGUCGUUCAUUUGGAGGCCUAGCUAAGCACUGCAGUGAAGGCCUUGCUUCAACAUUAAAAUCAACUGCAGCUACAUCACAGAGAGAGAGCGCAAGUAGCCGGACCUGAAUCUCACACACUACCUGAAAGAAAUGC